AGUGGGUCUCCCCCGUGAAGCAAAGUGGCAAUUCACUCCCUCGAGUGAGCCCCGCCCCGGCCACCACGUGAGCGGUCGCUCCUCCUUGCCGGCCGCAAGGCGGUGGCGGGGAGGGGUGAAUCACCUUGACUCCCACCCCCGCGCGGAGGGGCCGAUGUCCAAACUCGAGGGGUCCUUCCACUUCCUGCCCCUCGGUGCAACUUUGGCCGUUCCGCCGCCGUCGAAGCGCAGACGACAAGUGAAGCAAUUUGGCCGUCGGUCGCGAUGUUCUCCUUCCUUCGAGCAGCCAGGGCGGGGCGGCUCCCGCCUGAGAACGUGCGCAUCUCCUCCCUGCCCCCCACCGCGGACGAGCCUGGAGACGGCGACGGACGAGAGGGGGCCGUCUGCGGGAAGAAGCUGGUGAUCCAGACGGGGCGCACGCAGCGGGGCGCCUUCCUCGGCGGACAUGACCCCGGAGCCGCCUCGGCGACGCAUUUGGAGGAGAGCGCCCCCACGCGUCAAGAGGACGCCGAGAGGGGCUUCAGUUUGCGCAAGCUGUGGGCCUUCACCGGGCCGGGCUUCCUCAUGAGCAUCGCCUAUCUGGACCCGGGAAACAUCGAGUCGGACCUGCAGUCUGGAGCCAAGGCCGGCUUUAAGCUUCUGUGGGUGCUGCUGGGGGCCACGGUCAUCGGGCUCCUGCUGCAGAGGAUGUCGGCCCGGCUGGGCGCGGUCACCGGGAUGCACUUGGCCCAAGUGUGCCAGCGCCGCUACCGCACGGUGCCCCGCGUCCUCCUGUGGCUGAUGGUGGAGCUGGCCAUCAUGGGCUCCGACAUGCAGGAGGUGAUCGGCUGCGCCAUCGCCUUCCACCUCCUCUCGUCGGGCAGGAUUCCCUUGUGGGGCGGCGUCCUCAUCACCGUGGCGGACACCUUUGCCUUCCUCUUCUUGGACAAGUACGGCCUCAGGAGGUUGGAAGCCUUUUUCGCUCUGCUCAUCGCCGUCAUGGCCGUCGCCUUCGGAUACCAGUACGUGACGGUGCGACCGGACCAAAGCCAGCUGCUGAGGGGGAUGUUGGUGCCGUCUUGCCGAGGCUGCGGCGCCGUCCAGCUGGCUCAGGCGGUGGGCGUCGUGGGCGCCGUCAUCAUGCCCCACAACGUUUACCUGCACUCCGCUCUGGUCAAGAGUCGGGAGGUGGAUCGCUCCAGCAAGAAGAGCAUCAGCGAGGCCAACAAGUAUUUCUUCCUGGAGUCCUGCUUGGCCUUGUCGCUGUCCUUCGUCAUCAACGUGUUUGUGGUGGCCGUCUUCGCCGAGGCCUUUUAUGAGCGCACCAACGCGCAAGUGAACGCUGUCUGCAACCGCACGGGGAGCCCCCACUCGCACCUCUUUCCUCUGGACAACAGCACUCUCCAAGUGGACAUCUACAAGGGGGGAGCGGUGCUGGGCUGUUUCUUCGGGCCGGCGGCCCUCUACGUGUGGGCCGUGGGCAUCCUGGCGGCCGGUCAGAGCUCCACCAUGACGGGAACCUACUCGGGCCAGUUUGUCAUGGAGGGCUUUUUGAACUUGCGCUGGUCUCGCUUCGCUCGGGUGUCGCUGACCCGCUCCCUGGCCAUCGUGCCCACGCUGCUGGUCGCCGUCUUUCAGGACGUGCGCCAUCUGACGGGCAUGAACGACUUCCUCAACGUGCUGCAGAGCAUGCAGCUUCCGUUCGCCCUCAUCCCCGUCCUCACCUUCACCAGUUUGCCGUCUCUCAUGAAGGACUUUGCCAACGGCUUCUUUUGGAAGAUGUGGGGCGGCCUGGUCAUCUUGGCGGUGUGCGCCAUCAACAUCUACUUUGUGGCGCUUUACGUGGCCAUGCUGAGCAGCGCCUGGCUCUACGUGCUGACCGCCUUGCUGGCCGCCGCGUACCUGGCCUUUGUGGGAUACUUGACGUGGUUGUGCCUGGUGGCUCUGGGGGCGCCCCGCCCGGAUCCGAGCGGCCUCGGAGGGAACGACGUCGGCGUCCUGAUUGAGCCCCAGCCGGAGUUUGGUUCCUGACGGCCGCGACGGCCUUUGAACGGGUCCAGGGUCGCCCGCGCAGGUGAUGGCGCUUUGCGAGUCGGAGCGAAUUCCUCAACGGGUGUCGCCACUGAGGCCCCGUUUGGAUGUGAAUCUGGUGCUAAUCUGAAAAGAAAAAAACGCCCCUUUUCCACUUGUUGCUCACACGAUUUUGAUGACUUAAAAGUUGUGGCCAUCUUUGAACCCCACCUGAAAACUCACCCGUAUUCUUUGGCAUUUGACUGUUUCCUGCUUCCUGUCAUCAUUGUUACUGAUUGACUGUUGUCUAUGUGAGUUGCUCCAUGUACAGCACUUUGUAUGCAGCGGUGGAUGUUGGGAAGGGCUUGCUAAAUACACUUGAGUGGCGAUGCUAAGCAGCCUCUUGAACAG